UCAUCAUCAUCAGCCUUCACUGCGCCGACGCCCUCGCCGCCGCCACACAGACCAAUAGCAUGGCGCUCAACCUGGUAGCCAAGGUUCACCCAGUGGUCUUCUUCACCAUCGUGGACUCCUACGAGCGGCGGAACCUCGAGGCACACCGCGUUAUUGGCACACUGCUGGGCACAAUCGGAGUGGACAAGGGAGCAGUGGAGAUCACCAACUGCUUCUGCGUCCCCCACAAUGAGUCCAAGGAGGAGGUCGCGGUGGAGCUGGACUUCGCCAAGGACAUGUACGAGCUUCACCGUAAGGUCAACCCAAAUGAGGUGAUCGUUGGCUGGUGGGCGACGGGGCACGAGAUCACCGACCACUCGCUGCUCAUCCACGACUACUACUCCCGCGUCACCACCAGCCCCAUCCACCUCACCGUCGACACCACCCUGCACGGAGGACGCAUGAACAUUAAGGGUUACGUUAGUGCCAGCAUGGGGGUGCCAGGACGUACGCCAGGCACCAUGUUUGCGCCCAUUCCAGUGGAGACCAUCUCAUACUCUCCCGAAGUUGUAGGAACAAAUUCCACCCAGAAGAGCAAGUACAGCCGCCAGCGCAUUGUGGAGCCAUCAACAGACCUUCACCAGAUCUCCGAGGCCACACAGAACAUGGAGGCCACCCUGGAUGUCCUGAUCACCUAUGUGGAUGAUGUGCUGAGUGGCAAGGUGCCCGCUGACAACUACAUCGGCCGUGAGCUGACCCGCAUGGUGAACCAGGUGCCCAAGAUGUCUGCACAUGAGUUUGAGGAGAUGCUGAACACAAACAUGAAGGACCUGCUGAUGGUUAUCUACCUGUCUCAACUGACAAAGGUCAACGUGAGCCUCAAUGAGAAGCUGACCAUGCUGGUGGCCACACAGUAAGCACCAUUGUACCCUAAGCUCAGAGCAAGCAAAGACCUUGGGAGCAGGUCACAAAGAAAUCAAGAAAUUGCUUGCAGAAAUCUCCUAAAUAAAUUGAUAAGAGGAAGA